AUGCUGACUGGCGCCUUGGUGCGGUGGUCAGAACGCGCCCGAAUGCUGGGGCUCUUGAGCUCCACUCGGCUGAAGUCCGUGUACAAGGAUGGCAAGCAGUUGGAGUUCUUGCUCUCGAACAACGAGACCUUGUGGCUGAACGUGGACGACAUGUCUGCAGAAAAUGACAUCUGGACUUUUCUGCUGGACCUUAGCCGUGUUCCAAUGGAGAGCCUGGUGCCCGCCGAGCCGCCGCAAGAGCAGGAUCCCUGGCAGGAUGGCUCCUGGAAACGUCGUGCAAAGGAGAUGUGGGAGCGAAAGGAAGAGGAGCCAGCAAAGGAGCCGGCAACUGGCAACUGGUGGGAGGACAAGGGCACGGCAAAAGAAAACGCCGCAGCUAAUCACGCCACUGCCAGUACACAGCGAUGCUGGGAGUUCGAGAAGAACGGCUCCUGCAAGCAUGCGGAGAAGUGCCGUUUUUCGCAUGGCAAUGUCCCGACCGCUGGCUCCGGGGGUCGCUCCCGUGGAUCAGAUCAGACCUGCAUCCACUACCAGCGAGGCACGUGCCGCUAUGGUGAUCGAUGCUUCAAGAAGCAUGAGGCCGCCUCCAAAGACUGGGCACCGCCUCAGGACGGUGACUCCUGUGACACAGUGACAAUGUUGGGCUCCAUUUUCGCGGGGUGCCUGGGCACAGCUGCUGGGUACAGUGCCUCGCCCCUGAUAGAUGCGUUAGAUGAGCCAGUCCUCGCGCGGACCCUCCGAGUAGGAACCACAGCUGCUGCUGCUGCUUUGGCGGUUCAGCUGUGCGUGCUGGAACGCGCUGGCAAAGGCUCCAAAGAGCUGGAGAAGAAUGAGGAUAAGACUCUGACCUUCCGGGAGGAGGAUGGCCUGACCAAGCUCGUGCCCUUGAUCCCAGAGCCGAAGGCAGAGAACAAGCAGGAGCUCAAGAAGUACACUGUGGCCGAGGUGGCCAAACACAACUCCCGGGAAAGCAUUUGGGUCAUCAUCGACGGCCGCGUGUACGACCUGACUAGGUAUGUUGACAAGCAUCCAGGGGGACAUCUGAUGAUAGAGAACAUGGCAGGAAAGGAUUGUACAGACGCCUUUGCGAACUACCACACAGCCAGGGUGUACAAGCACAUGUUGCCGCCAAUGCUGAUUGGCGAGGCUACGGAUGUGGAGGUGCCUCCGCACGUCCAGGACUUCAGGGCCAUUCGCCAGGAGCUUCUUCGACGCGGUCUUUUCGAGACGGACAUGCGCUUCUAUGCCAAAAUGGCGGCAUGGCUCGUGUCGCUGUUCCUCCUGUCGUUGUACCUCUCCCUAGGCUGCGCUUCCGGAAAAGCACACCUGGCGGGCGCAGCGGUCAUGGGCUUGUUCUGGCAGCAAUUGGCUGGAAUUGGCCACGACCAGGGCCACAGCGGUAUCACCCACAAAUUCCACGUAGACCACCAGAUCUGCUCGAUGCUCGUGUGCUUCAUGGGCAUCUCUGUUUGCUGGUGGAAGCGCAACCACAACACGCACCACAUAGUCUGCAAUUCAAUCGAGCAUGACCCGGACAUUCAGCACAUGCCAGCUUUGGCAGUGACGCCGGAGAUCUUCAAGAAGCCGUUCUGGAGCACAUAUUACAACGAGCUCAAAGCGAUGGACCGCAUUGCGAAGUUCAUGGUCAGCUACGAGCAUAUCCUUUUCUACCCGAUCAUGAUGGUCGCACGGUUUAACCUCUAUGCUCAGUCCCUCAUCCAGCUCUUUGCGAAGGAGCCUUUGCACUAUAGAAAGACGGAACUCUGCGCCUUUGCCAUUUAUUUCUGCUGGAUAGCAAACCUUGUCUUGUCGCUGCCAAGCUGGUCGGAGACGUUUGGCUGGCUCCUUGUGAGCCAUGCAGUGUCUGGCCUGUUACACGUUCAGAUCUGCUGCUCCCAUUUCUCCAUGGAAACGUACCAUGGCCACGCCUACAACGGUGCGGAUGACGAGUGGUACAUCACACAGCUCAAGACAACCAUGAACUUUGACACGCCGCCAGUGUUGGACUGGGUGCACAUUGGCCUCCAGUUUCAGAUCGAGCACCAUCUUUUUCCUCGUCUACCUCGGCACAAUCUCCGCGAAGCUCGGAAACUUGUGAAAGAGGUGUGCAAGAAGCACAACAUUCACUACCACGAGCCAGGUUUCUUCCAGGCAAACCUGGAGACUCUGCAGUGCCUGUGGCGCGCAGCGAAGGCGGCGCGAUCCGCAAAACGCGGGGAGAGCGGCUUCUACGAGAGCUGCCUGUGGGACGGCCUGAACCUGAAUGGCUGA